UAGCAGCUGAAAAAAUUGUUUUAAACUACUGUUAUUGGUGUUGUUUGUAACAGAAAUUCUUAUUUUCAAUUAUUUAUAAAAUGAAUAUCUUGAAUCAAUGGCAUUCACCUACUGUUGUUCCUGUCCAAUUAUUUAAUGCAACAGAAGAUGCUCAAGUAUUGCGGAAAGCAAUUAAAGGUUUCGGCACAGAUGACAAAACCAUUAUCAAAAUAUUAGCUCGAAGAAAUAAUCGACAAAGACUUCAAAUUGCAAAUGCAUAUAAAACCUUAUUUGGGAAGGAUUUAUUGAAAGACUUUAAAGGUAAACUCAGUGCAGAUUUUGCAAAUUUAGUUAUUGCCAUGAUGACACCUACAAAUGAUUACUAUGUUAAACAACUUGAGGAAGCAAUGGAGGGUACAGAAAUAGAUGAAGAUGCUCUUAUAGAAAUUCUGUGUACAAAAUCUAACGAAGAAAUUCGAUUCAUUAAGCAAAAUUAUGAAAAACUCUGCGACAAGUCUUUGCAAAGUGACCUAAAAAGAGCUACUUUUGGUACCUUCAAACGUAUAUUGGUAUCACAAUGUAACGCUUGUAGGGAUAAUAGCACAAUUAUAAAUCCGAAAGAAGCAUUUGACGACGUACAAGCUCUACUCAAAGCCGGUGAACAUCUACUAGGUACUGACGAAUCCAUCUUCAUUACUAUAAUGUGUCAAAGAAAUUACUUACAACUAAAAUUAGUGUUCGAAGAAUAUCAUCGAAUAACUUCCAGCGAUAUUGAGAAAGAUAUAAAAAGUAAAUUUUCCGGAAAUUCUAAAGCAGCGCUAUUGGCUAUAGUGAGAUCGAUAAGAAGCCAACCUACUUUUUAUGCUAAAAUGCUUAAUAGAAGCAUGAAGGGUUUAGGUACCAAUAAUAGACAAUUGAUACGUAUAGUUGUUACCAGAUCUGAGAUAGAUAUGGGUUUCAUUAAAAAAGAAUACCAAGCAAGAUAUAGAAUCUCAUUAGCUGAUGCCAUCAAGGGUGAUUGUUCAGGAAGUUACAAGAAAUGUUUAUUGGCACUUAUUGAUGAAUUAUGAAAUUCAAGAACGAAAAAAGGAAAG